ACUGUGCAGGGGGCGGGCCCAGCCUCGGGUGCCCCCCUCAUGUGACAGCGCCGGGCUCCGCUUUCUCCAGUGCUCGGUAGCCACAGCCAGCCGGCAGAAGUUUCUUGCUCCUUGAGACGGAACAGACGAGACGAUGCUGGCCGUGACGCUGCUCUUGCUCCUGGCUUCCAGUUCUGCGGUGCUGGGCGAGUCCCUCAAGUUCGUGGACUGCGGUUCCAAAGAUGGAAAUAUUGUAGAGGUCAACGUGAGUCCUUGUCCAACAGAGCCUUGUCUUCUCCACAAAGGAGAGUCCUACAGCGUCAAUGUCACCUUUUCUAGCAAGAUUCAGAGCAAGGGCAGCCAAGCAAAGGUGUAUGGAGAAAUGCUUCACGUGGACAUCCCCUUUCCAUUGGAACAGUCUGAUGGGUGCAAGUCUGGGAUCAAUUGCCCUAUUGAGAUUGGUCAUUCUUACAGCUACUUGAACAAACUACCAGUAAAGAGCGACUAUCCAAGUCUUAAGCUAAUAGUCAAGUGGACGCUGCUUGAUGAUCAAGGCGAGAUGCUGUUCUGUUGGAAGAUUCCUGUUGAGAUCACCAGCUAAGAAAACCCUCCUUAGCUCUUUGGGUUUACUGGGGAGGGGGAACAGGGAGUUGAGAAUAGAAAGAAGUCUUGAAUGCUUUGCUAGAAAAGGCACUUCUUGUUUCAAUUUCUGUAGCAUCUCUGCAACACUUACUCUCUUCCCCCAGACCAUGGUCUACAUGCAGCAGGGGGUCAUCGGUCAGAACUAAUUCCCGCAAGAAAGACUGGAGGUUGGGAGGAGUCUCACUAUAGCUUAGGGCAAAGGUUCUUCUAAUCAUUGACUGAAGUGGUUCGUGGAGGAUUUUGAUGAUUUGAAAUGGAACAUGCAUCAUGGAAACUGAGCUUGCAAACAUCAGGACUGUUGUUGCUUCUCGACACUUCAGUGCCUCUUGUGGUCAGAUGCUGCCUGCAGGCUUCCAUUUGGUCCCCCACUCCCCGCUUUGUCAUGACCUGAGUUUUCCUUGGAUCUGUCGUUGGAGCCAAGAGGAGUCUGAAUAACAAUACCUUCAGUGGCUACUUGCUGCAGAGGGGGAACGUUGUCCUCUUAACGGAUGCCAAACCAAAUUGCAUUUGGUCUCUCUGUAAAGAUCAUUUGUAUUAACCAAAGUUUUGCACUAUCUUGUAACUCGCCUGGAGUUGCUGGGGGAGGUAUUCUCCAAAUCGCAGCCUCUUUUUAUAACUUUCUUUUAAUAAACCCUUAUCAUUAAA